UGUAAAUAAAGUUUGGAAGAUGCCUGAGACUUUCAUUCAGGUGCCGCUGGCCAAAAUGGUCGAUCUGGUAGUAAAUUCACCUGAGGUAAGUAACAAGCACAUCCUCCACUGUGGAGAAAUUGCUAAUAAUGUUACGUUUAAGGAAGGUGUUGUGAAUUUCAAUCUGCUCCAUACAGUACUUCAGGUGCUUGUUAAUAAGAUGAAUGCUCAAGAUUUGAGCGUUGAGAUCCGAGGACCAGAUGCUGAAAAACUGCAGAAUAUAGUUCAUGGUGGCACCCGACUCAGCGUUGCUGAGGUCACAAUCGCAUCAUCGAAGAAAGGAGGUUCAUCAGUGAUUGGUUGAGUAAACAUUUUUGUAUCUUUUUCUAUGAUCUUAGGAUCUAACGAGAAUGUGAUGAUUGUCGAUGGAUCUGGUAAAGGUACACCAUCCAUUCACUCUACAACGGUCACCAAAGCCCAAUUGGAUUUUAUCCUGUCCGAAGUCGAGUCCCUUAAAAAUCAGGUCAAAGAUAUGAUUGAGCUGCCUGCAAAUCUCGGUAUAAUCGAGGCCAUACAAUCCUCCACGACCCAAUCUCCUAUCCUUGACAUGUACCAACUCUUGAGCUUAUCCAAAAGGGUGGACGCCGCAGAAAUCGGUAUGAACAAGAUGGCCAGCAUGGUAGAAGAUCUCAUCAAAUCACCGUUGACGGUGAUGAAAACAUGCUCAACAACUGGAAUGAAAACGAAAGGGCGUGAAUCAACGGCUGCUUCAGAUAAAUCCAAUAAGAGCAAUAAUGUACCGACAAGCCAAAAAUCUGCAACUCAUCCAGAUACCACAGAUGGUGAAGAUAACUUCAGAGAUAGAAUGAUGAGUCUUCCACCUGGUGAUCUUCUUCAGCAGUUAGUAGAGGAAUUGGCGGAGCUUAAGGAUAUUGUAGCUAACAUACACAAUAGCAUACCGGAGGAUAGUCCUUUGACGCAAUUAGCACAAGACGUUGAAGAAAUGAAAUCAAUGUUUGGUAACAAAUUUAAAAAGGAUGGAGAUGAUGAUGCUGGUGAAGAGCCUUGUGAAUUACCACCGGUGCUACAAUUGCAACUGAUGGAAGAGCGCUUCCACGAUUACACGGAUCAUCUGGAACAACUGGAUCAGAGCUUCAACGACGAGAUCACGAAACUUCACAAUCAGUUCACAGAUAUCGAACGAGAUUUCAAUGAAAUUCUGGUUAAGAUCCAAGGAAGUCUUCCAUCUGGCGAUAAGAACAUGGAUGAACCGAACCAGUGCUGCAUGAACGUCUAUCAGAAGCUACUGUCGAUACAAGCAGAAUGUGAGCAACUUGCCGAUACUUCUGUCAUAUACUUAAACCGUUUUCAGCAAAUGUUGGAGCAAAUUGAUUUGCUAAAAUCGAUGAAAGCUGAUAAGGAAGACAUUGAAGAGGCGUUGGCGGAUAAAGCGGAUGCUUGCACAGUGCAUAGGAAGGUGUCUCACGAUCAAUUCGACAGCGCUUGCGAUGAAUUAUCUAAGGGUAUUGAAGACGCUCUUGAGAAAUUGUCACAACAGGAACUCAUGUGGCAAGGAGCUUUGGAUAAUAUUCAAUACGAAAUUGGAACAAAAUUAGAUAAAAUGGAUUUGGGUCCAUUGAGGGAGUUCAUCAACAAUAAGUUGAAGAUGCUCCAGGAGAGAAUGAAGUCUUUGGCAGCGUUGAAGAAGGAACAGGAAGCUGCUGGUACCAAGAGUAAAUUGCUGAGGAAUGUUAAUUGUAUAUCAUGUGACAAGGAUGUGGUCAUGAGGAAAGAGAUGGACUCGACGUUAAAGCCUGCAGCUCAAGGUCUUCCACCUACCAGAAGCAUGGGACCGUAUUUGGCUUACGAAUUGGAUGCAUUGAGAAAGCAGCAGAAAACAUUACCAGGCGCUAGGAAUAUGAACAAUUUCGAAAAUGCAAUGAACGCCAAGAGUUUGAAAAAAGCCGAAGAUCAUAUUUGUAAUCGGUACUGUGGAGGAAGUCAUACAAUUACCACACCUCAGCAAAGGGUGACAAGAUUAGGUCAUUUCUUGGCUCAAUGGGGCUCCGAGGCUCAACCACCUGAUACAAUAGAAGAGAAGAGAUCCGUGACUCAGAGGGCUUCCGUCAUGGUUUCAGGAGCGCCAAUAUCUGCAAGAUCAACCAUAGCGAUGGAAGAAGGAAAACGGGCUUCAUCUGCUAGAUUGUCGCGACGAGGUUCAAAAGCCUCCAAAUCGUCUUUGAAAGAUGCCGCUUUAGGUUCCGAUCAUUCAGGAAUGAGAACAUCUCACCAUGGCCCAUUGAAGAGUAAAUCUUCUGUGAAUAAAUCAAAGACAAGUCAGAAGAUUCCGGAAGAGACGGAUUCUCAAAUGGCUAUGCACGAGGAAGAAACAACAAUAGUAAUAGAACAUACCGAAGUAACCACCGUGGUGGAAAGUUAUCAGGUAACUGAAGAGAAACCGCCGUCCGAAGAAGGAGGUGAUCAGGAGGCGCCGGCACCAGCUCCCGAGGCUCCCGCCCCAGAAGAAGCUGAAGCGCCGCCACCGGCGGAAGAACCGCCGCAAGCGCCGGAAGAAGGACAAGAAGAAUAGAUAUGAUAACGAAAAGAAGUAAA